AUGGACUUUGACGACGAACUCAUCGCCAAACUCCAUCAACCCUCUGCCCGCACACCCACUCCACCGCCCUCAGCCCUCCCUGCCACUACAACAACAUCAACACCGUCCCACCAAACCCCCACAACAACCACCACCCCUUCCCACACUCGCCCCUCAACAACCAUCAAAGACGCCGAGACCUACUACAUCAAACCCAUCCCCUCAGGCCUCCGCGGUUCCUCACUCACCCAUCUACUCUCCCUCUGCCACAACCACACCCUCCACAACGGCUUCGACGUGGUAAAAAAAGCAGGCGUGAAACCCACCUCCCAGAAAGCCGGUCGCAAAACAAUCCUGCCCAAUGCCGCAUACUACAAAUGGCACAUCGCCUGCGUGCUCGGCGGCAAACCAAAAAACACGCGCCACCUCACCGACGAACAGCGCAAACGCGACAAGAGCAGCCUGAAGCAAGGCUGCAGCUCUCGCGUCUGGGCUUGGGCGGUGGAAAAGGAAAACCCGGAUGGUGCGUGGGAGAUUCGCUGGGGAGACACCGAUCCGGCGAUUCACAACCAUCCGCCUGUUGAUGUGAGGACGUUGCCGAAUCAUCGUAGGCGAGCGAGAGAGGUGGAGGGUGUGCAGGUGGCGAUCAGAGAGUGUGCGGAGCGAGGGAUGAAGAGGAAGGAGGCGUUGAUGAGGUUGAGAGCGUUGUUCCCAGAGGGAUUGUUCAGUGAUAAGGAUGUCGCUAAUGAGUUGCAGAAGUUUAGGGUUGGUGGUGGGGGUGAGGGACAGGAUUUGGACGUCGGGGUGCAAGAGGUCGAUGGGGGCCAAGAGGAGGAGGUGAUGGUGGAUGUUGGUGAUGAUGGAGAUGAGGGCGAUGAGGUAGAGGCGCAGUUGCAGGUGCAGUUGCAGAACCAGACGAGAUCGGUGCAAGGGGAUCAGCAUCACCAGCAGCUUUUGCAACAACAGCAGAUGCUCCAACAACCUCGGGAAAUCCAUCAACAAGCUCUGCAGCAAAAUCAGCAAAAUUUGCAGCAGACUCAGCAGCAGCAUCCGCACCUCUUUGCUCCAGGUGUUCCUGCUUAUUGGUAG